AUGGCCAUCCAAGAAAAGGAUGAAGUAAUUGAAAACCUGCAGUCAAAAAAUGAAGAACUACUGAGAUAUAUUGACCUCUUUGAAAAAUCUGAAAAAAUGCAGCAUCAGGGUAUAGAUAUUUCAGGAACGAAGAAAAAAUCAAGGGCUCUCAAAAUUUUUGUCUCGGGCAGAAACGUCUUAUGGUUUGCAAAAUCUUUUGGAAUGGAAUUAGAAAGCAUGACCGUUAAAGAAAUGAACUCUAAUGUUAGACAUAAUUUAGUUGCUGACAACAGCGGUACCGGUAACACAGAUAAUGUUUCUGGAUUUGACGCUGUCUCAGAUGAUGAUUAG